AUGUGCGACGACGAUGUUGCUGCGCUUGUAGUCGACAAUGGCUCCGGCAUGUGCAAGGCCGGUUUCGCCGGCGACGACGCGCCCCGCGCCGUCUUCCCAUCCAUCGUAGGUCGCCCUCGUCACCAGGGUGUGAUGGUUGGUAUGGGUCAGAAGGACUCCUACGUAGGCGAUGAGGCCCAGAGCAAGAGAGGUAUCCUCACCCUGAAGUACCCCAUCGAGCACGGUAUCAUCACCAACUGGGACGACAUGGAGAAGAUCUGGCACCACACCUUCUACAACGAGCUGCGCGUCGCCCCUGAGGAACACCCAGUCCUCCUGACUGAGGCUCCCCUCAACCCUAAGGCCAACAGGGAGAAGAUGACCCAGAUCAUGUUUGAGACCUUCAACUCCCCCGCCAUGUACGUCGCCAUCCAGGCUGUGCUCUCUCUGUACGCCUCUGGUCGUACCACCGGUAUCGUCCUGGACUCCGGUGAUGGUGUCUCCCACACCGUCCCCAUCUACGAAGGUUACGCCCUGCCCCACGCCAUCCUCCGUCUGGACUUGGCUGGUCGCGACUUGACCGACUACCUCAUGAAGAUCCUCACCGAGAGGGGUUACUCUUUCACCACCACCGCUGAGAGGGAAAUCGUUCGUGACAUCAAGGAGAAGCUGUGCUAUGUUGCCCUCGACUUCGAGCAGGAGAUGGCCACCGCUGCCGCCUCCACCUCCCUCGAGAAGUCCUACGAACUUCCCGACGGUCAGGUCAUCACCAUCGGUAACGAGAGGUUCCGUUGCCCUGAAGCCCUCUUCCAGCCUUCCUUCUUGGGUAUGGAAUCCUGCGGUAUCCACGAGACCGUGUACAACUCCAUCAUGAAGUGCGACGUUGACAUCCGUAAGGACCUGUACGCCAACACUGUCAUGUCCGGUGGUACCACCAUGUACCCCGGUAUCGCCGACAGGAUGCAGAAGGAGAUCACCGCCCUGGCUCCCUCCACCAUCAAGAUCAAGAUCAUCGCUCCCCCCGAAAGGAAGUACUCCGUAUGGAUCGGUGGAUCCAUCCUGGCUUCCCUGUCCACCUUCCAGCAGAUGUGGAUCUCCAAGGAGGAGUACGACGAGUCCGGCCCCGGCAUCGUCCACCGCAAGUGCUUCUAA